AAAUUGUUCAUCUUGCUCUCUUUGCCUUAGUAAUUGCUCUGCAUACCGCAUCCGUAAUCGUUAUUUGUAAGCUGCGAGUCCGAGGAUUGCAGAUUCCUAAACUACAUUGUUUAAGGUGCAUUAUCUGACCCCGGUCCUCGUAGAAUUAUUUAUUUUUAUCCCGCGAAACCUUUCACACUUCAUAUAAGACGUCAUUCCCUCCACCCCACCAUCAAUUCCUCUCCUCCCUUUCCCUUCUCUUCUUGGGAUCAAACAAGUCAAUGCGAGCAUUUGGGUUAUUUAGUCGGAUAUCGGCUGCUUCUACUGCUACUGCGACCUCGAAUUCUUCUCUCGCUUCUAAGAGAGCGACCUACCGAAUAACUUCUCUCUCUAGACACUUCUCGACUACCCCUCGCAUCAUGGCUCCCAUCUCUAAGGAAACCGACCUCCUCGUCAUUGGAGGCGGCAGUGGAGGUCUUGGAGCCGCACGUAUGGCCAGUGCUAAGUUUGGCGCGAAAGCUAUGGUUGUUGAGGCUUCACGACUUGGUGGCACAUGUGUCAAUGUUGGUUGCGUACCGAAAAAAGUAACCUUCAACGCCGCCGCCAUCGCCGAAGCCAUCCACGAUGCCAAAGCCUACGGGUUCUCAGUGCAAGAGACGAAGCCAUUCGACUUUACCACCUUCAAGAACAAGCGAGACGCCUACAUAAAGCGAUUAAACGGGAUCUACGAGCGUAACCUAGCCAACGACAAGGUCGAAUACGUGCACGGGUGGGCGCGACUCCUAAGCAGGAACGAGGUCGAGAUCACACUCGAUGACGGGUCCAAAACCGUCGUGCGCGCGGGCAAGAUCGUUAUCGCUGUCGGCGGCGAGCCCACCAAGCCGCCUUCCAACAUCCCCGGCGCGGAGCUCGGCACCAACAGCGACGGCUUCUUCGACAUCGACACCCUGCCCAAGAAGGUCGCGCUCGUAGGCGCGGGAUACAUCGCCGUGGAGUUCGCGGGCAUGUUCAACGCUCUCGGCACUGAGACACAUCUAUUCAUCCGACACAAGACCUUCCUACGAGCAUUCGACCCCAUGAUCCAAGACGGCGUCACCGCCGAGUACGAGCGUCUGGGCGUACACGUGCACAAGGAGUCCGCUCAAACCAAGAUCGAGAAGGAUGCCAGCACCGGCAAGCUCGCGAUCCACUACAAGGACAGCAACGGCGAGGGCAAGGUCGAGGGCGUGGACCACCUGAUCUGGGCCAUCGGCCGCACGCCUAUGACGAAGAACAUCGGGUUGGAGGAAGCGGGAGUGAAGCUCGACGAUAAGGGGUACGUCGUCACAGACGAGUACCAGAACUCGUCCGUGGACAACAUCUACGCCUUAGGCGACGUAUCAGGGCGCGUAGAACUCACGCCCGUAGCGCUCGCAGCCGGACGUCGUCUCGCGGAGCGAUUAUACGGCGGCCCACAAUUCAGCACGACGCGCAUCGACUACGAGAACGUCCCAUCGGUCGUAUUCGCGCACCCGGAAGUCGGCAGCAUCGGCCUAACCGAGCCGCAAGCGGAGGCGCAGUACGGCAAGGAGAACCUGACGGUCUAUAAGACGAGCUUCACGGCCAUGUACUACGCGAUGAUGGAGCCCGAGGACAAGGGCCCGACGAAGUACAAGGUGAUCUGCGCCGGCCCUGAGCAGAAGGUCGUCGGCCUGCACAUCAUGGGCCAGGGCUCUGGCGAGAUGCUGCAGGGCUUCGGCGUCGCCAUCAAGAUGGGCGCAACCAAGAAGGACCUGGACUCGUGUAUCGCGAUACACCCUACGAGCGCCGAGGAAUUGGUCACCUUGAAGUGACGUGAUAUCUAAACGGAAAAUAAGAAAUAUAUAUACGCUUAAAAGAUAAAAAAGAGGGAGGGGGGCAGAUUCAAAGAAAGAAACAGGGGAAAAGGAAGCAUUUUUGAUACCAUGUUGAUAGAUCGCAUGACGAUAGAACUUGUGAUAGAAAAAUCUAAUCUACCUAUUCAUAACUCA